AUGAAUAAUAUUGUCAUUGUAAUUAAAAGGUCUGAUUAUGGAGGUGAGGGCAAGAGAAGACCUCGAGUAAUACUUGCUUGUGAGAGGAGCGGUAACUAUAAGUCUUGCAAGUCUAGUGAGACAACUGAUAUAAGGUCGGAUGUAAAUAGUGAUAUGAAAACAUGUGCUAGGGACACUGGUGCCAAGAAAUGUGGAUGCCCAUUCUUGUUAAAAUGUGUCAAUAUUGGCGAUAGGGAUGAUUGGAAGUUGGAAGUGGUUUGUGGAGUACACAACCAUCCUAUUUCAGAGUAUCUUCAAGGUCAUUCAUUUGUGGGGCGACUUUCUCAAGAGGAGAAUGCCUUGUUGGUGGACAUGUCUAAGAGUUUAGUGAAACCUAGAGAUAUUUUGGUCACCCUAAAGGAUAGAGAUGCAAUGAAUGUUUCAACUAUGACUUGUUUUGGACACACCCCAUUAAUAUUGAGAUUUUGCGUGCAUUUCUACAUGUACUUAUCAUGGAUUGCACCUAUAAGACUAAUAGAAACGGAGGAGGAAUAUUGGCGUUGUUUGCGACAGAUUGAGUCUAAGUUCAGUGAAUUUCAAAAAGCUCUUGAAUACAUACAUUACAAUUGGUUAAAUCCAUUUAAAGAUAGGUUUGUGGCUGCAUGGACAGACACUUGUAUGCAUCUUGGCUCGACGACUUCAAAUAGGUUCAGGCAUCCGGAGUUAAGAGAGUUAGUAGGUUUUGUUUCUAUAAAGGCUUUGAGUGUAAUUGUGUGCGAGUUAGAAAGGUUAGAGAUAGAUGGGGUGGAUACUUUAUCAUGUGGUUGUACUAUUCGUCGAACCCACCAAUUACCAUAUGCACAUGAAAUUGCGGAGUAUAGAGAUCGUGAUGUACCAAUCCCACUUGAUGUUGUGCAUUCACAUUGGAGAAAAUUAGAUCUCAUCAAUAUACGAAACAGUAGUCAUGGCACAACUUCACCAGGAAGGUCACAAUUACAAAGAUUCAAUAUCUGGAAUGAACAACAAGAUGAUGAAAAGAAGAGACAAGUUCACAUGACAUUAAAGGAGCUAAUGAACCCUGGUUCUACUGCACUUACUGAACCAAAAGGGAGACCGCGAAAAGUCGACACUUCUACUUGUCGUUUGCCAUCUGCAUUUGAGAUUGCUGAGGCCUCCACUGCUCUCCCUAAAAAUAAACCAAAGCAAAGCCUCACUGCCUCACUAAAAAUAAAACCGAAGAAGAGUACCACUACAGUGCCAAAGAAAAGAAACAGCUCCAUAAUGAAAAAGUGA